AUGGAAGACUUUGAGGACGACAGUUUUGAAAAUUAUGAACCCGAAGAGGAGUAUAACGACGAGCAUGAAUCAUUUCAUGAACCUAAUCAUGAAGAACAUUUGGAUGAACCAAUUUAUAUUCCAUCCUCAAUGAAUGAUGAUGAAGAAGUACACCAACAACAACAAGAAUAUCCUUCAUCAUUCGGAGAUGAUAUUUAUGGAAACAUCUAUGAUGAUGAUGAAGUUCAAAAUUCUAAAGAAUUUCAUCAUCCAUCGAAAGAGUCCGAUCAUAUCAUAGCUGUAGCAACAAUACAGGAAAAUGUAAAUCAAUCAGAGGAAAAAAUUGUGACCAAUACAUCGUCUCAUGUUUUGGAAGAGGAAGACGAAUCGUUUGAAGAUUUUGAGGAUCAUCACGAUGAAGAGGAACAAGAUUCUGCAAAAAUUCAAUUAUCAACACAAAAUAUCAUUUCACGAACUGCCACUUGUCAAGAACAUUUAACAACCACUACGUCUCAACACAAAACAGAAACUGACCUGAAUCAUUCAACAAUCUUAAAUUCAUCUUCGACAAGUAAUCAGAAAAAACCAUUUUCAACAGUACAAGAAUAUGAUUACACACCGUAUUAUCAGAAAAGACAAAAACCUUACAAUGAACAAGAGAUUAAAGAAUACAUGAAACGAAAAAAGGCACAAGAAGAAAAACUAUCAAAACAACGGCAAGAGUCGACUGUGGUCACUCCUUACUACCUUGCAAGGAAAAAACCCUAUGAUGAAGAAAAGGUGAAAGAAUUUAUGAAAAUGAAACAAGAACGAGAUCGUAAAAAACAGGAAGAACAAAAACAAGAAAUUGAGCUUAGAGAGAAUGCUUCAAAAGAAAAGACUGUAUCCUCUUCGAAAAACAAACCAGAAAUGCCAGAAUUUUUGAAAAAACAAUUGGAACAAGAAGAAAAAUCAUCUCAUCAAGUCAUGGAUCCUCGAAAACGAGUUAAGGAAUAUGGUAAGAAAGUGCGAGAAAAACUCGCCGAAGAUCACGAGAAAAUUAUGGCAGAACGCAGACUUGCUAAAAAAAUUGCCUUAGAAAAGAAACGACGAGAAAUGCACCACUUGAAACUUGAUCUUCACAUGUCACAUUUCAAACUACGAGAAAGUGAUGAACAAAGUGAGGAUUCGACAUGGUCUAAUUGGUCAGCACCUGCCAAGUUGUCAGAUCUUGACCCCAAAACAUAUAAGAGUAAGAGUGACAAGUAUUGUUUUAAGGUGACAAAUUCAGUCAUUCAACAAGAUGGAGAACGUAUCGACUCGGAGGUCAACAACAACACGACGUCUAAGGAACAAGAUGAACACAGAAGAAAAAUUAUCGAAGAAGCAUUGUCGUUGAUAGCAGCAGCAAAACAACAACCGAGUCAGAAAGAACAGGUAUCUAAUCCAACAUUACCAGCAAACGAAUCAUUCUCUAAAUUGAAUAUUUCAGAGAAUCAAGAAUUUCAGCAACCAGAUAUAAUCUCCAAAUCAGAUAGACCCGUCCUGAACAAUUGUUCAAGUAGCAACAAUAAUUUUUCAACAGCGAUUCAAUCGUUGAUUAUGAAUUUGUCACGAAAAACAAGUUCGAAAGAAAUACAAGUUUCAGAGGAGAUCAAUUCUCAGACUCAUUCUGAGACAAAUCACAAACCAGAAACACCCAACAUGUUUGGAGAUGAAAAAAAGAACGAAUCACAUUCUCUUGUGAUGAAUGGUCAGCCAGAGAACAAACACCUACCUGAAACCAUCUCAUUGGAACAUGAUCAAGAACAACCUUCAUGUAGGAUUGAAUAUUUUGAACGUGCUCAAUUGAGCAAUUCUUCAGUUAAGAAGUCUCCACGUUUAUUAUUACAAAAGAAGCCAUCGAGCAAGCUCAUUCCACAGGACUUUGAGACAACAACACAAACCAUACACGAAAUUCAAUCGAAAGAAAUGAAUGACAGUUGUGAAAUUCUCCAAUCAAUUCCAACUCCACUCACCAUUUCAGAAAAUGAUCAUGACAACAACCAUUCUGAAAUCAAACAAUCAAUUCCUGUUCAACCUCUUGAAUCUUGCAAAACGCUCACUAUUGAAGAUGACGAUCAAUCGUCAGAGGCAUCAUUUUCUAAUGAAUUUUACACAAAGAAAGAUGAAAUCAAAAAGAUGGUCUUUUCACUCAUGAAAAAACAAGAAACUCAUCCCAACAAGAAGAAGAAGGAGAAACACACGAAAAAGUUAAUAUCACUUCUCAAUCCAGCAGAAGUCACUCAAGAUGACCCGUUUAACAUUAUAAGCACAAUAAGAGAAAAGAAGAAACAAGAAGAAUUAUUGGAACGAAAAAGACGAAAAGAAAAAGUCAAACAAGAAUUGGCCACGUUGAAGCAAGAACGAAAGGAGAGAAUGCAACAACAAUUGCAGAACAAGCAAAAUCACUCAACACAAGAGAACCAAAAUUCGAGUUCUCCAAAUGCGAAGUGUCAAAAUGAGAGUGGAACUCAUGUUGGAAUUCAAACCUAUCCACAAGUCACCAUUGAAUAUGAUUUCGAGAAAGACGAAGAAGGGAGGAGAAUGCAUGUCACCGAGAUCAGUGUGAAACUCAUUCUUACGAAUUAUUAUUACACCUCUCAAACUUUCAAUCAACAACAUGUUCCACUACUGAACUAUUGGGACUACUCACAUCCUCCUUCGUUUUAUCCUCAUGGCAUGGAAACGAGUAUUCCAAUGUCCAAUGCACCACUUUUGGGAACUGAAAGAAUCAUUGAAAACCUUGUCGAUGAAAGAUUAUCUCCUUCUGAGCUCGCAGAAAAAUUACUCGAUUCACUCACAGUCUAUGAAAAAGUUUUGGAAUCUGAGGCAAGAUUUACAAGUUUACUAGCAUUGAAUAAUUAG